UACCAUCGGAGUAGUUGGAAAAAGGAAGGGUUGGCAACAAAGGAAAGACUUUUUUAGAAAAUUUGUUGGUUCCGUUGAUCCAACAUAAAGUCCCCCAUUUUCUCCACUACAGAAAUUAUGAGUGAUCACCUGGUGUUGUAUGUGGAUCGUCUGCUAAGACCGGUGCCAUUACAGCCGGUGGAGUCGGAGGCUGCUCUCUCCACGGAGAUUCCGGGGCCAUCAUGCUCCGCCAAGGAAAAGGAGAUCAUUCAUGUAGGCAAGGAGGAGGAGGCGCUCAUUCAGGCGGCGGAGUGCCGCAUUUGCCAGGAGGAAGAUUCCAUUGAGAAUCUUGAGACUCCUUGUGCCUGCAGCGGCAGCCUCAUGUAUGCGCAUAGGAAAUGCGUGGAGCAUUGGUGCAACGAGAAAGGAGAUAUCGUUUGCGAGAUAUGUCAUCAGACUUAUCAACCUGGUUAUACUGCUCUGCCUCGUGCUCAAACUGAAGAAGCUGCUAUUGAUAUUGGUGGAGGCUGGACAAUCCCUGGCAACCCUCUGGAUUUGCAUGAUCCUUGGCUCUUAGCCAUUGCAGAGGCAGAAAGACGACUAUUGGAAGCUGAGUAUGAUGAAUAUGCUGCAUCGAAUGCCAGUGGAGCUGCCUUUUUCUGUUCAGCUGCUCUAAUCUUAAUGGCCCUUCUGCUUCUGCGGCAUGCAUUGACUGUUUCAGAUGCUGAUACAGAGGAUGACGUGUCUACUUUUUUCACUCUUUUCUUGCUUCGUGCUGCUGGAUUUCUCUUGCCAUGCUACAUAAUGGCUUGGGCCAUCAGCAUAUUACAGCGACAAAGGCAAAGACAGGAAGCAGCAGCAUUGGCUGCAACACAGAUUGCUUUCGUGAUACAGUCCGAGCAACAUAGGGGUAUGCAUUUUACCAUAUCAUCAGGACCCACAGUGACCACCCACCAGGAAAGUGCUUGACUUAAAAUUAAAUUGGUAGUUGAUGAACAAAUGAGGAUUGGUUCCUUUUGCUUUUUAUCUUGUUUAUCCCUGAAUAGAUAAUAUUGAGGAAGACUAAAGCUGCUUCUGUUUGAAUGAAUUGCUGAAAACAUGGGGUA